AUGGAGGAUGCUGAAAAGGUCUCAAAGCUGACGCCUGAACAAGAUGUGCUGUUAUGGACAACUCUAGCUUCUGGUUUCACUCAAAACAUGAAAUUCAAGGAGGCUAUUGAUGCAUUUUGUGAGAUGCUGGUCUCUGGAAUUGUACCAAAUAAUUAUACAUAUGCUGGAAUGGUGAAUGCAUGCACAUCAAUUCCAGCAUUGGAAUUAGGAAAACAGAUUCACUCAAAGGUGAUCAUGGCCGGAUUGGAGGAGGACGUUUCUGUUGGAAAUUCACUGGUGAAUAUGUACAUGAAGUGUUCCAGCAUGCUUAAAGAUGCUUUAAAAGUAUUUCGAGGCAUAACCUCACCGAAUGUUAUCUCUUGGACCUCCUUGAUUGUUGGUUUGGCUGAAUGUGGUCUUGAACAAGAGGCUUUUCAGGCAUUCGAGGAGAUGAGGUGUAUUGGGCAGCAACCAAAUUCCUUUACCUUUUCUAGAAUUCUUGGACUUUGUGGUACAAUAAAAUCCCAGAAUCAAAUAAGGGAGCUUCAUGGGUACAUAGCUAAGACUAAUGCAAACAAGGAUAUAGUUGUUGGGAAUGCUCUUGUGGAUGCUUAUGCAGGUUCAGGAAUGGUGGAUGAUGCAUGGGGUGUCAUUAGGACGAUGAGUCAUAGAGAUGCUAUCACAUACACAAGUUUAGCCACUAGAAUUAAUCAGAUGGGAUAUCCUGAAAUGGCUUUAAAUAUCAUCAAUAACAUGUAUGAUGAUGACAUUAAGAUCGAUGGCUUUAGCAUGGCUGGUUUCUUAUCAGCAUCAGCCAGCUUAGGUGCAAUGGAACGUGGGAAGCAGCUUCAUUGCUACUCUCUGAAAUCUGGCUUAAGCAGCUGGAUUUCUGUCUCAAAUGGCCUAGUUGACUUUUAUGGAAAAUGUGGGUGCAUAAAGGAUGCACAGAGAGCUUUUGGGGAAAUCUCAGAGCCAGAAGUCAUUUCGUGGAAUGGUUUGAUAUUUGGAUUGUCUUCAAAUGGGCAUAUCUCCUCUGCCCUCUCUACCUUUGAAGAUAUGAGGUUGGCAGAAAUCAAACCUGAUUCUAUUACACUCUUGGUAGUGCUUUUUGCUUGCAGCCAUGGUGGUUUGGUUGAUCUGGGUUCAGAAUAUUUCCAUUCUAUGAGAGAAAAACAUGGUAUAGUGCCACAACUGGAUCACUAUGUUUGUCUAGUUGAUCUCCUUGGCCGAGCUGGCAGGUUAGAGGAAGCUUUGGAAGUAAUAGAAACUAUGCCUUUCAGUCCAGACGCUUUGAUAUAUAAGACGUUAUUGGGUGCCUGCAGAUUUCACAAGAACAUACUUCUUGGGGAAGAUAUGGCAAAGCGAGGUCUUGAACUUAACCCAUCUGAUCUAGCAUUUUAUGUGCUUCUUGCAAACACAUAUGAUGAUUCUGGACGGUCUGACUUGGGUGAGAAAACUCGCAGUUUGAUGAGACAGAGAGGGUUGAGGAAAAAUCCUGGCCAGAGCUGGAUGGAAAUAAGAGAUAAGGUUCAUCUCUUUACUGCAGGGGACAGAACACAUCCACAGAUCAAUGAGAUUCAUCAAAGGAUAGAGUUGAUAAUAACUGAGUUUAAAGACCGGGGAUAUUCAUGUGAAAGCAAUGAAGAUACAUUAUACCACAGUGAGAAGUUGGCUGUUGUUUUUGGUCUUUUCAAUGCACCAUCAACUGCUCCAAUACGCAUUAUGAAAAAUAUACGCAUCUGCAAAGAUUGUCAUAAUUUUAUAACAAAUGUGACUCUAUUGGUUGAUAGGGAGAUAAUUGUGAGGGAUGGAAACCGCUUUCAUUGUUUCAAGAACGGUGAGUGUUCUUGCAGAGGGUACUGGUAA